AUGAAUGUCUUGCUAGGACUUGGUUUGGGAGUUUUGGCACUUACCGCAUUCUUCUACCUCUGCAAUAAGUUUCUUAUGGCCAGGGACGCGAGAUUGGAGGAAGAUGCCAGGAGCAUUUUGAUGACAACUUCUCCUGCUGCUGCGUUCACAAUCACAAGCCAGAUGUUCAGAUGGAUGCAAGCUCCUGGAGAUCCCAAGUCCGAUCAGAGUGUUGUAGAGUGUGCAAUUUGCUUGACAGAGCUGGAGGAGGCGAUUGUGAGAGUGUUGCCCAGCUGCAACCAUGUUUUCCACCGCAGCUGCAUCGAUCUGUGGCUCUCUUGCAACACCACGUGCCCAAUCUGUAGGCGGGAUUUGGUCGCAAACCAUAGAUCCUAA